UUUUAAUUAAAGGUGCAUCUUGUCUGCACUGACAGACGGCGCAGGUAGUGACAGCUGCACAGUUUGGUGCAUAUCGCUGCGGGGAGAUCAUGUUCAGCACCAGUUCAGACACCCACCCGUCAGGGUACGACCUCGACCUCUCUGAAGGUCUGCGUCCUGAGGAAGGGGGCGAUCAUGGAAAGGAUCGCGAUGGCCAUCAAAGAAGAGGUCGCGAUGACGAUGAUCGUCAUGGAGAUGGCCAUCAAAGAAGAGAUCAUGAUGACGAUGAUCGUCAUGGAGAUGGCCAUCAAAGAAGAGAUCGCGAUGGCAAUGAUCGUCAUGGAGAUGACCAUCAAAAAAGAGAUCGCGAUGGCAAUGAUCGUCAUGGAGAUGACCAUCAAAGAAGAGAUCGCGAUGGCGAUGAUCGUCAUGGAGAUGGCCAUCAAAGAAGAGACCACGGUGAUGAUAACGACAAUCGUCAUGGAGGUGGCCAUCAAAGAAGAGAUCGCGAUAGCGAUGAUCGUCAUGGAGAUGGCCAUCAAAGAAGAGAUCGCGAUAGCGAUGAUCGUCAUGGAGAUGGCCAUCAAAGAAGAGACCACGGUGAUGAUAACGACGAUCGUCAUGGAGGUGGCCGUCGUGGAGGUGGAAGCCCGGGCCGUGGCAGCGGCAGUGGCAGUGGCAGUGGCAGCGGCAGCGGCAGUGGCAGCGAAGAUGAGCAUGGCCACCGUAAAAAACAUGGCCGCAAAAACAAGCACGGGCGUGGCCAUGGGCGCGGCCAUGGGCGUGGUCAUGGACGGGGAGGCCGGUAGAAAGAUGAAAGACGCCAAACACAACAGACUCUACGUCACCAUCAUGUUCCUUCUCUUUAAAAGGAACAUGCAUUUACCACAUUAUACUCAUUUUAGAGCCAUUGUUUUAUGUCUUCUGGGAGCUGAAUAAACACACAAGUACAUUAACUGUGCAACUGGCUAAAUCUUGUAUGUUUGCCCUUUAAAUAAAAGGUACAUUUAAAGACAAA